UCGCCGUCACCGUCAGCCGUCGCCACCUGUCUGCCAGAGACCCAACCACCGCCAAGAACCCUCCUGCGCUGCUGUAAUCAAAUCACCUUUUUAAUCAAGGUGGCCAUGGCAGUGCCUUAAUUUAUAACCCAGCUCUUGACAAACGUGAAAUGUGCUCGUCGUGUCGGUGCAUCGGCUUGAUGUUGUCGCCCCGAAACGCCCGAAACGUCGCGAAACAAUAAACAAGAGGCUGUGAAAACCGUUCGAAUUCAUGUUUCUGGUGUCGGUGUGCUUGAUGUGUCCCUUUGUUUUUGUGUUCCCAGUGUUCGAAUAUGUGUAAUGUACCGCCAAAGUUUUAUCAGCUCUGUCGCCUUUGUUUAUCGGUAGAUAAGGAGCCGCUGCCUAUUUUCGACGAUGGGAGCCCCCGCACCGACCUCCCGACCAAGAUCAUGACGUGUCUCUCUAUCCUGGUUGCCAACAGCGACCCUCUGCCUCGCGUCAUCUGCGUGAAAUGCAGCGAGCAGCUCGAAGCCCUAUACAAGUUCAGAGAGGUCGCCCGGAAAGCCGAAGACCUCCUCAACCAAUUCCUCGCGUAUACGAAACAGUUGGCGGGCACAACAGAGGAAAGGAUGAGGCGGUCGAACGCGAUCCUCGACUCCCUGCUCAACGCCUCCUCGAUCACUACACCCAACAGUAUUACAAUCAGCCUAAAGACCGACCUGGAGUCGUCGAUAGAGGACCAAAAAUCGCACAAAAACGAACCUACAGACCUGAGAUACCCCCCGGAAAGCGAGCCCAUCGACGUUCCCUCGCCGUCGAUAGCGCCGAAUUUCGCCGAGGGCGCCAUGCAGAUAGAACCUUGCCCGAACCAGCCCGCGGACCUCUCGAACAAGAAGCCCGAAAGCCUCACCUGCGUACCAGAGAUCGACUUCAUCAAGGAGGAAGCCAACGACAACGCCUCGGAGUAUAGCAAUAGCUCGGACCCCGAGCGGCUGGAAGUGGACAUGUCGCAGGGCGCGGAGGAACACUCGAACUCGACGACAGCCAGCGCCACCUCUCCUAUCCCCGACAACGUGCCGCCCGAGGAGGACGCGAAUCUCUGGAGGGCGCUGUCACACAACGGCUAUAACGCGAACAUGCCCCUGAGCGGGGAGGCGAGUCAGCUCCUGAGGAAGCUGAUCACGUGUCGGAAACUGGGGAUGAGCAUCACCCCGGCGCCCCCCUUCGUACACCUGGACAAGAGAGUGCAUUCGCCGAACGAGCCUCUGAACAUGGAAACUCACCCCAAGCCGUCGACGGGGCGCAGAAAACAGAGUUACCCUACCAAAGCGUCGGUCGAGGACUCGAGCCCCGGCCGAGACGACGGCGAGGACUACAUCCCCGACUUCACGGGCAACAGCCCCUGGUGCAACCUCCAGAUCGUGAAGGGCGGCAAAGGCGGCGCCGGAAUGGCGCGACGGGUUGAUCUCUCGUGCACGAACUGCGGCACACAAACCACGACGAUAUGGCGGCGGAACAUGAAAGGGGAGAUGGUGUGCAACGCGUGCGGCCUCUACUACAAACUCCACGGCAUAGACAGGCCGCACACGAUGCGGAGGGACACGAUACACACGAGACGUAGACGUCCCAAGGCGGCAGAGGCGAGGAACGAGAAGGACAAGUGCAGGGAGUACGGAGGCGGAGUUAACAGUCAGUUUAAAGUUUUAGCACCGAAAAAAGGACCAGCCUGUGUGGAAAGUACAGAUACAGAGGAUAUGUUGAGCGCAUUAAGGAGGCAGAUACAGCCGCAUCUGGUGAUGGCGUUACAGGGACAUAAAAAUACAGCCUACCCGCAUUUACAAGCAGCGAAUUUUGCCCAGUUCUUGCCGACCGGGGGCUCCCCUGGAGGGUCGGCCCCCGAAGCCGAAUCCGACGAGGAGAGCAUAGCGGACCUCCCAUUGAACCUCGUCUCCACCCAAAUGACAGAAACGGAAAGUCAUUGAAACGAUUACCAGUGAUACCAACUACUUAACUAGAUACGUACAGAACAAAGCUUGGUUAAAUUAAAGUGCACCUAACUCGGAUUUUUUAAUUACGUUAGGUUAAGUUUGAUUACUUAUACGGAGCUCUCUUGAUUUUCUCUACCCAGUUCUUUGUAGAUAUUUAUUUAUUUUUUAUUUUAUAAUUCAGUACUUAUUUAAAUGAUUAAUACUCAGUUCUGUUAUUAACUUGAAUUUUUCUGUUUGUUUUUCACCAAAUGUGAUAUUUUCCAUGGACGCAUUAUUACCAGUACGACACCGUAACCAAACUUUUUGCUUAAAGCCAGUAGUACCUUGUGUAUUUUAUUAUUUUUUUAGUUUGUAAUCAAUACUCAGUAUUUUAAGCGAUCUUGACAGUUAUCGAAAUUCGACCAAAAUACUCAUUUAUUCUCUUAUUUUGAUGUGAUGCAAUUAAUCUUAGUAAUAAUAUUAAAAUACUCUUUGAUGGUUGAUUUUUCAUAAACUUAAUAAACUGUUGUACGAGUUAUUAAUAAUUUUGUAGUUUUUUUUAGCUGUUAGGUUUUUAUAUACAUAUGAUUGUAUUUAAGCUUUUUCUUUGGCGCGCCCCUUGUUUUGCUCUGUGAUUAUUUAACAGUUGCAAGCACGUACUACUCAGUAUUAUUAAAUAAUUACAGAUCAAUCGGUUAGAUCUAGACGUAACCUGGUAGUAUUAACAUUAUGAGUGAUAUUUCUUUUAAUUUUUAACCCAGUUUUAAUAAUUAACUUAUUAAAUCCAAAAUCAGUAUUUUAUACUUUUUUUUUUAUUUUUUACUAAGCUGUAUUGCCUUAGAUUUUAGUUGUGUUAUUUUAUUACGUUUUAAUUCGGCAGCUAUGCCCGCAGCUUGAUAAAUUGCCGUAAAUGUUGCCCUUGUUCUGAAAAUUGUUGAUUUUUGUUGGAACUCGAGUGAGUGGUUGUGAUAAUCUUGUUGCGAACGGGCGCGACCUCGGCCCGCACAGUGACCGAGCUCGCGGCCAUCUGGCGUGUUUGAUUUUUCUACAUUUUUGUCUAUUUUUCUCAUAUAUAUUUUGUAAAGAGUGUUUUCUUAAAAAUAACUGUAACGUAUUAACAAAUUGGCUAAUAGAAUUUUAGAAUAUUUUUUUACAAAUAAACGCUGCAAUUACUUAAA